AUGGGCGGCGCGGGCGGCGGCUGGUCGCGCGAGGCGCCGGCGCUGCUGAGCACGGCGCUGCUGCUGGGCGGCGCGCUGCCCGAGCGCCCGCCCGCGCCGCUCUUCACCAUCGACAGCAUCUUGGCGCCGCGCCCGCACCCGCCGCUACCGCCGCUGCAGCUGCAACACCUGGCGCACUCGCCGUUCCAUAGAGCACAUGAUCUCUUUGGUGUCAGCAGUGUUGGAAGUGCAGUAUCAAGCGCUGGUGGUUACGCAGGCCUUUAUGGUGGGUACGCGGCUGCCGCCCUGGCAGGUCUUGCGGGUCCACCACCCAAACGCAAGCGCAGACACCGCACUAUCUUUACGGAAGAGCAGCUGGAACAGCUAGAGAGCACCUUCGACAAGACGCACUACCCCGACGUUGUUCUUAGAGAACAGCUCGCAUUGCGGGUCGACUUGAAAGAAGAAAGGGUCGAGGUCUGGUUCAAGAAUCGUCGUGCGAAAUGGCGCAAGCAGAAACGUGAGGAGCAGGAACGGCUUCGUAAGCUGCAAGAGGAGCGAGCUUGUGGUCGGACGCCACUGAUGGCGCGGCCACCGCUGUCACCGGCACACUCACCAGCGCACGCGCCGCCAGCGCCUCCCACGCCACGCCCCUAUACUGACGACAGCGACUCCGACCUAGAAGUCGCCUAAACACUAAAGCUUCCAAUCACCCAAAUUAUUGGAAUGGCGUAUCAAACAGACUCAUGAACUAUUAAGUACUGUUCACAAGACAAGUGUUUAAAGGUGCCAUCUCAAGUGCUAUCGUUACUUAUAAACUUUGCGCGAGGACUAUAUAAAGUGAACUAUGGUGUUGUGAAACUAGUAACUCUGACUGGUAGAUAUCUAAAAUGUGAAUUAUACUUUACUCAACUUACUUUCCUACGCGUAGGAUAGCGAGUUCAUAAAUUAUCGUGUAAUAAUAAUAUAAUGUAUAAUGUUAGAGGCAUAAUAUAUAUUAUGUAUGUAUGUAGUGUAGAUAGUAUCAGCGCUUAUUGAUAUUUUCUUCAACGGAACUUUUAUUUUACUUUAGAAACAUUUCUCCUUAUAACUAAAUGUAGGCAAAUGUGCAUAUAAAUAUUAUUAUACGUAGAUAUUCUUAUUUACAAUUCCAUUGUAAGUACUUCUUUGGCAAUAGAAUAGGUCCCAAUUAGAAUAUCUAAAAUCUUGAAAGCAGAGAUGAAGAUUUCCGCUUUUUAAAAAUUCAAGAAAUAACUAGAUAAAUGUACUAAGUAUAUAGCCAAGUGUAUAACUACUCUUAAUAAAUCGAACUAAUAAAAGUACGCCAUAAAUGUCCUGUGUAAUUAAUAUUAAGAUUGCCUGGACCUAGCUCGCAUUAUUAGAAUAAAGUCCAGAAUUUCAUUUAGAUAUAAAGAAAAUUUUUAAACCUUUUGGGAGGAUGAAGUAAAUGAUACACAUUAAAAAAUACAGUGCGGCGUUUAAUACAUAACAUAUCUAAUCGUUAUUUGUAUAAAGUUCAAAAUAUAACUGAAUUAUAAGCAGAUAAUUGUUAAACAGAGUUGGUCGCCAACUCGCCACUAUCGAUACAGUACUUAUUUAUAGAUUAACUAAAAAAAUCUAGCGUGUUACCUACUUAUGUAUUCUAAUAAUGUGAACUAGGCACAUUUAGAAUCAUUUUCAAAUCGUAUAUAACCGUCAUUUCGAGAAACGUCGGACAAGGAUUUGCUUUUAUAUAUCUACCGGGUGGC